CCAGAAGGAGGAAGUCACCUUUGGGAGUUUGGUAACCAGCGCGUAGGCUUCUCAUUGAACGGAGCAGACCGAAAGAGUCCGCCCGGCGCCCUUCACUGGAACAUGGCAAGAAGUUCUGACGCAGACCUGAAGCCUCCGCUCAGCCACAGCGGCCUGAAAUGUGACGACCUGAGGAAAAACGGCUGUCACAAGAGGAAAGAGAAAAAUGGCGGCCCACAGACCGGCGGCGGCCCCAGGCAGCGCAGCCACGACACGUUCGAACAGCCGCCCAUGUAUGUGGCAGUCAUGACGUACCUGGGUUACGGGAUUGUCACCCUGUUUGGUUACUUCAGAGACUUCUUCAGAGCCGUGGGCCUGGAGAAGUGCCAUGUUGCCCAGGAAAGAGAGGAACAGAAGGAUUUCACUCCCCUUUAUCAAGAUUUUGAAAAUUUCUACACUCGCAACCUAUACAUGCGAGUACGGGACAACUGGAACCGUCCCAUAUGCAGUCUCCCAGGACCUGUCUUUGACUUGAUGGAAAGGGUGUCUGAUGACUACAACUGGACAUUCAGGUUUACAGGGAGGACGAUACACAACGUCAUCAACAUGGGCUCAUACAACUACCUCGGCUUCGCAGAGAACAACGUAGAUUUCCUGAAAACUGUGGCAGAUAAGUUGCAACAGUACGGAGCCGGGGUAUGUAGCACCAGGCAGGAAAUGGGUAACCUGAAAAUACACGAGGAGCUGGAAGAACUGGUUGCCGACUUCCUUGGAGUCGAGUCCUCCAUGAUAUUCGGGAUGGGCUUCGCAACCAACUCGAUGAACAUCCCCGCGCUCGUGGGGAAGGGUUGUUUGAUAGUGAGCGACGAGCUCAAUCACACAUCUCUGAUCUUGGGGGCCAGACUGUCGGGAGCUACGAUUCGGGUGUUCAAACACAACAACAUGCACAGUCUGGAGAAGGUGCUACGAGAGGCGGUUUGCUCCGGGCAGCCUCGGACCCACAGACCCUGGAAAAAGAUCCUCAUCAUGGUGGAGGGCAUCUACAGCAUGGAGGGGUCAGUGGUCCGGCUGCCUGAAAUCAUCGCCCUGAAGAAGAAGUACAAAGCCUACCUGUACCUGGAUGAAGCCCACAGCAUCGGCGCAGUGGGGCCUUCGGGGAAGGGAGUCACCGAGCUGUUUAACGUGAACGCGGCCGACGUGGACGUGAUGAUGGGGACCUUCACGAAGAGCUUCGGGGGAGCCGGAGGCUACAUCGCAGGGAGAAAGGAGCUGGUGGACUACCUGCGCAGUCAUUCUCACAGCGCGGUAUACGCCUCAGCCAUGUCCCCUGCAAUCACAGAGCAGGUCACACGCGCCAUGAAGUGCAUCAUGGGAAAAGACGGGAGCACAGAGGGCAUUAGACGGAUCCGCCAGUUGGCAGAGAACACCAGAUACUUCAGGGCCAAGCUGAAGGAUAUGGGCUUCAUCAUCUACGGGGAUGAUGACUCUCCUGUGGUCCCAGUGCUGCUCUACAUGCCAGGCAAAGUGGUGGCAUUUGCUCGGGAAAUGCUGGCGAGAAAAAUCGGCGUGGUAGUGGUUGGCUUUCCCGCCACACCGAUCACAGAGGCCCGAGCUCGGUUUUGCUUGUCCGCUUCGCACACCAGAGAGAUGCUGGACCAGGUGCUGCACCACAUGAAUGAAGUAGGAGACCUGCUCUGUCUGAAGUUUUCACGGCGGAAACGCUCUCCUGGUCCUGACCCCUGCAAAGGGACAGACUCUGAGGUGCACAGCUGAUGUGACCCGUGGCACCUGGACUCCACAGUGUCGAAACUAAGCGUCCCUCCCCGCUGCAGACCCAUUAACGCGUGUCGUAGGGUCACACCUAUGUCUCCGCACAGAGGAGGGCACAAAUGUUUGGCAGCUGCUUUUUAGACAUCAUCGUAACGGACUGAUUCAACAGAAGAGGUGGUUCUGCUCCCUUUUGAAUUAAAUUUAUUUCUUAAUACAUUUGUUUAUGAGUGCUUACUGAAAAUUACUGCAGAAGCGUGCGGCCGGGGCCAGUUUAACUUAAAAGAAAUUUGCAGAAAUGUGUUUAGCGUUGCCCACAUAACAAGGCCUUACAUCAGUCUAUUUGGUGACCAAGUCUCCUUGAUAGAGAUACAAAAAUCACUUCUUUUUUUUUUUACACAACUGUGUCAAAAUGUUUUUAUAUUAAUUUGUUGGAAACUGUUUCUUUUAAUAUAUUUUUUAUGAAACAUGUUUGUUCCUCAUAAAUUAUUACUAAUUUUGAAAAAUGCUGUCACUAUUCAAGAAUAAACUAUUUUACUUGCUAUAA